AGUCGGGAACAUGGUUUGCUGUGAUCACAAUAUGCAGACGACAGCAUGAGGAAGAGUGUGAGUAAAAAGGUGUGUCGUAAGCAGCCACGGAAUUAAUUUCCACUGCUAUGCUGACGACACAACUCUACCUCAAGGUCUCCCCUUCACGGUCUUCCUCUGCCACUGUGGCUCGUCUCAGCUCCUUCCUGGAGGAGAUAAAUGCAUGGAUGAGUCAAAACUUCCUGCAGCUGAACGGCUCAAAAACAGAAGCCAUCCAAACCGUUACAAACCUUGGCGUCAAGUUUGACACUCACCUCUCCUUGGACAACCAUGUCACCCACAUCUGCAAAACCUUCUUUCACCUCCGUAGCAUCUCCAAACUCCACCCCUUUCUCUCCCUUCCAGCUGCAGAGAAGCUUGUCCAUGCCUUCAUCUCUUCCAAUUUGGAUUACUAUAACACACUAAUCGGGAUCCCUGGCAAGAGCCUCCAAAAGCUCCAGAAUGUUCAGAACAGCACUGCCAGGGUCCUGACGAGGGUGCGGAAGUAUGAGUACAUCACCCCCAUCAUUCUUUGGCUACCCGUCACCGCCCAAAUUGAGUACAAGAUCCUCCUGCACACCCACCACUAUCUGCUUGUUAAUGCCCCCACUUACUUCACGAACCUCACACCACACACCUCAGCUAGGACCCGGUCAGGCCAACAGCAUUGUCUGCUAGCGACUAAGACACGGCUCAAGACCAUGGGAGACAAAGCUGCCAAUCCCCGUCCGUGGAACACCCUUCCUCACCACGUCAGGGCCCCACAGAUGGUGGAUGCUUUAAAAAAAAAAAAAAAAAAAGGCUAAAAACCUAACUUUAAAAAAAGCAUAUAACUAAUUUUAAUAUCGUUUUUCACUCUCUUGUUUUAAUGCUUUAAUGUUCACACUCUGUAGCACUUUGAGAUUUAUUAUUCAAAUGUUAAGUACAAUACAAAUAAAAUCUAUACAUUUGCGCAAAGCUCUUCGAGUGACAUUGGGCAAAUUCGAAAUGGCUCAUUUGGAGGAAGUAUGAAGGAAAACAAGAUAGUUAUAUAAAUCUCCGCCAUGCCUCUAUGGUUUGAUUAAAAAUUUCCGAGACUCACACAGUGCCCAAAUACACAACAGGUACCAAUAGUUAGAAAAGUUGGUCUUGAUAAUAGGUUCCCUUUAAAAGCAUUUUACAUGAUCUUAUGACAUGUAAAAAACAUGCUUUUGUCACCUUCCUGAGAACUACUUCUAACAUCUGACAGUUUUAAAUAACUGCAUGCUUAAAGAGCUAUACCAGGAUAUAUGACAGACCAACUAAAAAACAAAACUGGCAUUCAAUCUUACAGAUUUGUACUGAUUAAAAAACCCCAAAUGUAGUUGUAUAUAUACACCCAAUGGCGGAUCUAGUUCCAAUGGCACGCUGGGCCAGGGCCCCAUUCACCAUUUGCUACUCUAAACGUGUUCAACCUUACGAAACAUCUCUAAUUUUUGAGGCUGAGCACAAAUGAUGGGGCUGAGUAUUUUGCCGCAACAUUAGGUGACGGUCGUGAUCGUGAAUAAACUGGCACAACAGCGGGCCUUAGGCUAUCAUCACGGUAUACCUGUGCAUUCAAAAUGCCAUCAAUAAAAAGGCCCUGUGUCCAUAGUGUAUCAAAUGCCUGGCCAUGCUAUAACACAUCCCUCCCCCCCCUAUCACAAUGGACUAUUCCAUCCACAACCCAUAUGAUGCCAUACAAGCGGUCUACCAUUUCACCUGAACAGUUAAAAACUGGGAUUGAUCAUUGCCAGACAACAUCUAAUGUGAGCAUUUGACCACUUGGGUCAAUGAACUGCAGUCAGGUUAAGAUCCCAAAUUUGGACAAAAAGCAUAAAGAUCUUCCUUGAGGUGAUUUCUGAAAGUUUGUGGAGAAAUGUAAACUGAUCGUUGAAACAGCUAUCCAGGUUUGGCUUCAGACGAUGUUGGAGGUGAAUAUGCUGGAUGUGAAGGACUUGGGCUGGUGUGGUUACGCAGACAGUUGAAGGGCUGCAGUUGCGAUUGUGAGGCUUUGAUGUACUGUAUGUGGUGCCAAUUUCUCUGAAAACACCUUUGGAGACAGCUUAUGGUACAUUAAAUUCACUGGCAGCAGCUCUAGUCAAUAUUCUUUCAUCAGUAUGCCUUUUACACGCUCGCUCAAAACUUGACUUUUCUCACAUUGUUUUGUGUGAUAAAACUGCACAUUUUGGUGUGACCUUUUGGGGACUAACCUGAUGCACACUGAGAUGUUCAGCUCUUAUUUUAUGCACACAAGUAUGCGGCGUAAUCAGCAUCUCAACAUGCCCUAUAUGUGUAGUGGAUCAUUCAUCUUGGCAUAUAAAUCUUCACUAACCUAUUAAAACAGAUUUUAAAACAAUGCUUGAAAAAUAGGCAUUUGAUGUACACAGAAAAUACUUUUAGAUCUUAUGAGUUCACUUCUUCAAUCCUACCUCAACAGGUUUGCAAGCAAAAACACAGCAGAAACGCAUAAACAAGGCUAAGCAUGAAAACAAAUGGUGAAGACUUCUCUCACAUUUCUGCAUAACAAACACACACCAAUAUUUCGUUGGACUGCCUUUGGUUAUUGUUAUGAUCAUGGUAAUGAUCUCAUCAGUUUCGGA